AUGGUUGGAUCUGGGCAUAGUGGUUUGCCAGAAGACGUUGUAUUUGAGAUUCUAUUGAAGUUGCCUGUGACAUCCAUUUGUAGAUUUAAAUGUGUUUGCAGGUAUUGGUAUGAUGUAAUAAAAAGACAUGUUUUUAAGGAACAACAUUAUGCGUUGCAACAGAAUUCAACUCUCCUUGCUGUUGAGUAUUCUGGUGCGGCAAACAUCUUUUCAGAUAAAUUUUUGAGAACUAAGGAAAAUCUUCGGAUGUCACUGUGGGGUAGUUGUAUUACCGGUCCGUGUCGUGGUUUAUUUCUCUUGCACACUGUUAUUACACCUGGAGCUAACCUUGGUCUGUUGAACCCUGCGACCAGUGCCUUUCGGCUUCUCCCUAGGUCGCCUUGUGCUGUUAUUCAUUAUUCAUUUGAAUUUUAUGCAUAUGGAUUAGGUUGGGAUUCUACGAGAAAUGAUUACAAGGUUGUUUUCAUUCUCUUUAAGCGUCAAAUUGCUCUAGUAUAUUCAUUGAAUAACGAUUCCUGGCGAUUUCUUGAUUCUCCUCUUCCUCUUGAAUUGAGUGGCCGUAGCUGUUUGACUACUUACCCUCAGCAUAACAUAUACACAAAUGGUUUUUGUUACUGGCUACCAUAUGCCAAAAACGCUUCAUUACUUUUUUGUUUCAACAUGGCUCAAGAGAAUUUUGUUACCAUUGCAUUACCCCCCAUUGUGAUCAAUAAUCGUGACACUAUUGUCAUCUCUACCUACUAUGAUUCAUUGGCGUUCUUAGCUUGGAAUGAAGAGAGAGAGGUCAUCGAGGUUUGGGUUUUGCAGCAAGAACAACAUUAUUGGACAAAAGUUUACAACUUUGGACAAAUAGAUCCAACCGUAUGUCCAAUUGGAAUUUGGAACAACACUUAUGUUUUGCUAAGAAAAUGUGUAAGCAGAGGCUCAAAAAAACUUUUGGCAUAUGAUAUGAAAAAUGAUCGUUAUGAAGAGAAGAUCAACACCCAUAUUUUGGAUCCUCGAAAAGUGAUGUGUUUUUUGAAUUACAAAAAGAGUCUAUUUUUGAUCCAAGGAGGGAGUAAAAAUUGGACACCCUCUGUCCUAUCAUCUAAUCAUAUCCCUCAUUUCUUCAGGCACACGUUAUAUUAG